AUGAGCAACCUUGGUCAGCGUGUCCGCAAUACGUAUACUUCGGGUGCACCAGCUAAUUAUGUUCCAGGUUUGGGUCGUGGUGCCGUGGGAUUUACCACAAGGUCAGACAUUGGCCCUGCUCGUGCACCCAUGACACAAGAUGGGACACAGGACGCGCCAUUCCUUCCACCUGCUGGUCGUGGAGCAGGUCGCGGACGUGGCAUGGAGAUCCCAGGACCAGGUCCAGUAGUACCAGGAUCAAGUGCAGGACGUGGCUCUGGUACUGCAGGAAUGGGUGGAUUUGGACGUGAAAAGGAUGAAAAUGAGGAUUUUGGAGACUAUAGUGAGACCAAUUAUGACGAGUUCUCGGGCUACUCGUCUCGUGGUUUAUUCCAAGAUACACCAUACGAUCAAGAUGAUAAGGAAGCUGAUGAUAUUUAUGGAAAAUUGGAUGAACGUAUGGACUCACGACGGAAGCGUCGACGAGAGCGACAACAGCUGGAGGAGCUUAAGAAAGCGCGCAAGGAGAUGCCGAAGAUAAGUGAUCAGUUUGCAGAUCUCAAGAGCUCAUUACAGAGUAUGUCAGACGCAGAGUGGGAAAUGAUUCCGGAAAUUGGAGACUAUUCGCUCAAGUACAAGACUAAUACAGCGCUUCAAAAGCGCAACGAGAUGUUUGCGCCUGUACCUGAUAGUCUAUUGGGAGCUAAUGCAGCGCAUACAAAGAAUGUCAGUGGGACAAUCACUCCUGCAGGAAAUGGGACGGACACACCCAGUGGUAUGACGAGCUCUGUGACCGGCUUGGCAGGUGCAAGAGGUGCUCAGUUGUCCAUCAAGCUGGACAAGAUGUCGGACUCAAUUUCGGGCCAGACCGUGGUGGAUCCCAAAGGGUACCUUACGGACCUAAACAGCUUGAAGCUCACGAGUGACGCGGAGAUUGGCGAUAUCAAGAAGGCAAGACUGCUGUUAAGAUCUGUGACGAUGACAAAUCCUAAGCAUGGACCGGGAUGGAUAGCGGCAGCAAGACUGGAAGAAGUUGCAGGAAAGAUUCUGCAAGCGAGGAAAAUCAUUGCACAAGGCUGUGAGUCGUGUCCAACGCAGGAAGAUGUCUGGCUAGAAGCUGCACGACUGCAAAAUCCGGAAAAUGCAAAGACAAUUCUUGCCAAAGCUGUACGACACGUGCCUAAGUCAGUCAAGAUUUGGCUUCAAGCGGCGCAGCUUGAAAAUGAGGAUGAAUUGAAAAAGCUUGUGACGCGCCGUGCCCUCGAAUUCAUUCCCAACUCAGUGAAGCUAUGGAAGGCUCUGAUUGAGCUGGAGGAUGUCGAUGGUGCACGAAUUCUACUCGGUCGGGCUGUCGAGUGCGUCCCACACGCAGUGGAUUUGUGGCUGGCGCUAGCACGGCUCGAAACGUAUGAGAAUGCAAAGAAGACGUUGAAUAAGGCACGUGCUUCGAUCCCAACUGAGCCGUCAAUAUGGAUCACGGCCGCCAAGCUUGAAGAAGCGCAAGGAAAGAAUUUAGACAUGAUCGAUCGCAUUAUUCAGUUGGCACUAAAAUCGCUACAAAAACAUCAGGUGGUCAUGAACCGAGAAACGUGGCUUAAGGAAGCCGAAGCGUGUGAGCAAGCGGGUGCACCAUUAACGUGUGCGGCAAUUGUUCGUGCUAGUUUGGAUGUUGGCGUUGAUUUUGAAGAUCGAAAGCGUACAUGGAUGGACGAUGCUGAGAAUAGUAUCAGCCGAGGCGCACUGCUGACAGCCAAGGCUAUCUAUGCAGCUGCGUUGAAGGUUUUCCCAGGCAAGAAGUCGAUUUGGCUGCGAGCUGUCGCUUUAGAGAAGCGAGUACAAGAGGGCAAGAGUUUUGAAGCUGUCGAGCAAUUGUUGCAGAAGGCUGUCACGUGUUGCCCAAACGCAGAGAUAUUGUGGCUUAUGGCUGCCAAAGAGGUCUGGACUAAUGGCUCAGUUGAGAAUGCACGAUUAAUUUUGCGUCAAGCAUUCAGCGCCAAUCCGAAUAGCGAGGCAAUCUGGCUGGCAGCCGUCAAAUUAGAGUGGGAGAAUGACGAAAUUGAUUUGGCACGGGCAUUGUUGGCGAAGGCUCGCGCACAAGCGCCGUCGCCCCAUGUAUGGAUGAAGUCCGUCCUGCUCGAAAGAGAAUGUGCUGAGGAUCAUGAAGACGAGGAAAGUCUUGUCUUGGAAGGUAUUAAGCUGUACCCUGACUUUCCGAAAUUAUAUAUGAUGGCUGGGCAAUAUUACGAAGCGCUAGAUCCUCCUAAUUAUGAGAAAGCGAAGCAGAUGUACCGUAUAGGCGUUCAGCACUGUCCGAAAUCGAUUCCAUUAUGGACUCUUUCUAGUCGAUUGGAGGAAAAGACAAAUGGUGUGACAAAAGCACGCUCGGUGCUGGAAUUGGCCCGCCUUCAAAACCCAAAAAAUGAUUUGUUGUGGCUGGAGGCUGCUCGUCUGGAAGCUCGAUGGGACAACUUCAAGGGUCAAGAAAUGUUGAUGGCCAAGGCUUUGCAAGAAUGUCCUGAGUCCGGCAUACUCUUGGCGGAAUCUAUUGACAUUGCCCCUCGAGCUCAGCAAAAACGCGCGUCUUUUACUGCGCUGAAGAAGAAAGACAACGAUACAUCCGUGUGCUUGUCAGUCGCCAAAUUGUUCUGGCAGGAGCGCAAGUACUCGAAGGCACGCAAGUGGCUGGAACGAACAGUUCAGCUGGACUCGGAUUUUGGAGAUGCUUGGGCCCAUUAUUAUCUGUUUGAGUUAAAGCACGGCUCAAAUGAAACGGCAGAGAAUAUUUUGAAGCGUGCUGUGGCUUCUGACCCUCAUCACGGUGAGAAAUGGACCAGUAUCUCGAAGCAAACGCAAAAUCAUCGCAAGAAGGCUGAAGAGCUGGUGAAGCUUGUCAGUCUUACCUUGCCAUAUGCUGAACAGCCGUAG